AUGACCCGGCUCAAAAGUAUAAAACCCCGUCCUGAAUCGGUGCCUCUCCUCUUUUCGGCGUCAUCCAACAAGACGCCUUGCUACUCCUCCUCUUCAGACGACAUUGAAAAGAUGGCCAAGACAUCCGCCGUCCCUACGACGCAGCGACGCUCCAAGCCUAUAGCAUUGCUGGGCAGUGCAGGACUGUGCCUGCUCCUCAUCUGCCUGUGCGCAUUCAGCACCAACGCCGACGCCGCUGCCAUUGCCCGCUCUCUCAUCGGCCUCGACAGCAGCUCCGCGGCCCACCUCACCCCUCGCGCCGUCAGUUCGUCGUACGCCUACCAACGCAUGAUUUCCAACAUUGGCGGCGCAUCUUCCACCGCUGGCGGCAACCAGGUGCCCAACGUCCAAACGGGAGCCGUGAUCGCCUCGCCGUCCACCGCCGGACCGAACUACUUCUACUCGUGGGUGCGCGAUGCUGCGCUCACCAUGAAGGUUGUCAUUUCGCAGCCGACGCUCGAUCGCACGCUCGUCACCAAUUACGCCAACGCCGAGAAGGUGCAUCAGCAGAAUGCGGCUGCUUCGAGCUCCAGCCUAGGCGAACCCAAGUUCAACGUCGACGGGAGCCUGUUCACUGGUCCGUGGGGGAGGCCGCAGAACGACGGGCCUGCGCUGCGCGCGUCGGCGCUCAUGGCGUUUGCUAAGCGCAUCGGACUGGGCGAUGCGUUUGUGACGAGCACGCUGUACAAGGCCGACCUGAGCGCGGGCAGCUUGAUCAAGACGGAUCUCGAGUAUGUAGCGCACCACUGGCAGGACAGCUCGUUUGACCUGUGGGAGGAGGUGCAGGGCACGCACUUUUUCACGCUCAUGGUGCAGUACCGCAGCAUGGUCGAUGGCGCCAAGUUUGCCACUGCCAUGAACGAUGCCGGCGCGGCGAGCUACUACAACCAGCAGGCAGCGGCGAUCAAGAGCAAGCUGCAGACGUUUUGGGAUUCGACCAACAACUUUGUCCAGGCGUAUCAGGGUGUCAGUGGUCGCAACGGCAUCGAUUGCUCCGUGUUGCUCGGCGCACUCAAGGGAUGGGACACGACCGACAAUGCUGCAGCGGUCGAUGCCUCCCAGUUCGGCCCUGCUUCAGACAAGCUGCUGGCAACGCACAAAAAGUACGUCGACGCCUUCCGCUCGUUGUACGCGAUCAACAACAACGCGGCUGCCCCGCAAGCGGUCGGCACAGGGCGCUACCCAUCGGACGUCUACGAUGGUGACGGAACGUCCCAGGGCAACCCGUGGUUCAUCUGCACGCUCGCAGCAGCCGAGGUGCUCAACACUGCCGUUGCCGUCGCCAACUCGCGCGGCUCGCUCGCGGUCACCUCGACCUCGCUGCCUUUCUACAAGCAGUUUUCCAGCUCGGCUGCUACGGGUACUUUUAGCUCGGGCUCGAGCCAGUACACGGCGUUGACUUCGGGAAUGAAGGCGAUGGCGAAUGGGUUUGUGGAUAUUGUGAAUUCGCACGCUUGGCAGAACGGCUCGUUGAACGAAGAGUUCAACCGCAGCAAUGGGUUCAACCAGGGCGCAAGGGAUCUCACGUGGUCGUAUGCUGCUUUUGUUUCCAACGAUCUCGCUGCCCAGGGCAAGUUCCUCGUCAAUUGA